GUUGAAGUUUGUACAUCAACGAUGUACCCGCGCCUGCUCUGAAGAGCGAAGACUGAAGAGUUUUACAAGCCCUAAUUUUUUCUCUUUUCCCUCAAAUCUCUCUCCUCGCUUACACUCUCGACCUCCGGUGGUUCGACGGCCUUUAGUCUGUGGUGCGUUGGUCCAACCUUCAGGCUCCAGUUUGCGGACUCGUGGUGCGUUGGUGGCUCAGUGGUAGUUAUCUGGUGGUGCUUUGCAACGCUGGUGCAGUAUGUGAGGCAGACAAGCAGAGUGACACAAACACUAGAACUGAUUAAAGUUUUGAGUUUUGUUGAUAGGGAGCUUUGCCGUUUAUAUUCUGGUAUUGAGGCUUGCUUUUCUCCUCAAGAUGGUUCGUUUGUUGGAUUGUAUAAGUUUUAGAAGCAUAGAAUGGUUUCACCAUCGAGGUCCUGCAUCUUGUGCGCUUGUAGAACUAAGGGAAGCAAACCUGAGGAUCAAAUUGAGAGGCUGAUACCGUUUACUGUGCUAUUCCUAAAACAUAGUGCGAGCGGUUGUGGUAGCAUUUUCUGUUCUAAAUGUUAAUGAAUGCUACUCUUUGUUUGGAAAAUAAGCUAUGUCGGAUCUUGAAAAGACUAAUAAAACUUGGAGUCCCAAGGCUGUUGAGUUUGGUGACUCUGAGGCUGCCAGACUUUGUAUGGUUGUUCACGAUUACAAACAAUCAGUUGAGGAUUCUUUGCAACAGACCAUCAGGAAAGAGAAGCUCAAGCAUGGAAAAUUUAAAGGUGAAGAUGGGAAUCAUGUUAAGCUUGGCCCUUGUUUCAAACCCGAAGAUGUUGAUAAAGUACUCAAAUCACUCAAGGAGUGUUUCCCAAGUGAAUUUACCAAGCCACCCUUUCUGAAUGAGCCUGAGAAGCUAAAGUGUGAAUGGGUGAAAAGCUCAGGCAAGCCAGUCAAUGGUUGGACAUCUACCAUUGAUACUCGACAAUGGUUUAAUCGACUUUCCAGCAGGCACAGUAAGUGGAGGAAACUGCGUGUUUACGAGUUUCUCAGGCUCUCAACAUAUCCCGCUUUGCCGUUCUAUGGUGUUUUGACUCUGGGAUUGCUUUGUUGUUGGAACCCCUGCCUCAAUGUGUUCGUCACUGGUCAAGGUUUCAAAACUAUCACCCUAGAAGAUAUAGCUUUUCUUACUGGUUUGUCUCCUACUGGUACAGACCUUCCUACUCAAGCUCUAAUAGAUGGAGCUCUUGACAUGGAGAAAAUCACACCCUGGAAGAAUAAAACAAAUAUGUCAUUUAGCUCCAUUGUGGAUUACUAUAACCCUGAUAAAAAUAAAUCCCUCUCUGCUGAUAUCUCUAGGAAAGAAGAGGUGUUAUUUAUCAACCUUGCUUUCUCUAAGCUGAUGAUGUUUCCUUCUUGCAAUGUCAAUAAAACUUUCUUGAAGCUUGCUGCAAACAUUGAGGCUUCAGGAUUAGACCCAAAGAGAACUAAACCUGUGUGUCUGGGCCCUCUUUUCCUGGCUCAAGUGUAUCGGUGCCUUUAUCGACUUCGAACCCAUGAGAAGCUUUCUACUGCUGGUGGCCCUAUCUGGGUUAUAUCUAUGUGGGGAUUCUUUUACUUCCCUCGCCUUGUUGAACACAAAGGUGACGAAGAUCUGAAAGCUGACUUUGACAAGCCUGCAGAUCUUCCUGUGAAAGAAUUCUGCUGCUAUGGAGAGUUGGCUAUUCAUACCAUUUCUCCAAAUCCGCAGCUAUUGUUUGAAGAAGUAUUAAGGGGCCUCUUGUUUCCCAGUGAGGUAAGUCAACUUGAUUGGCAUCCUUUUUCCGGCGAGGACGAAAUGAAUAUCCCAUCGAAUGGAAAACCUAGGGAGGAUACGUUAAGGCAUUGGAUGAAGGCAGCAACCCCAAUUUGGCUCCUGGAGAUCUCUUGCAUAAAAUUUCGAGAAGAAGAUCAACUGCAUUGGUCAUCUAUUUUGUUACAUCGAGACCUUAUCUGCCUCGAACCCCAGGUUAUUGGUGUUGAAGUCUACAAUCCCAAUCUUGUGGCUCGUCAAUUUGGAAUGAUUCAAGGCCUGGGUAUCCCCUACUAUAAGACUCUAAAUCGUCCUUGGGGAACCAGACCCAAUCUUCUGGACAUGGCCUUGAAGUCCACAGACAACAAGUAUGCCUUCACUGAGACAUGGCUGAAGUCUUGCCCUACCUGUGAGGUAAAGUCUCUUCUUAUCAUCCCUUGGUUUAGACGAGCUGAGAUAGAUCCAGGUUAUGAGCUCUGGUGGAUUGAUUUUCUCAAGAGGUGUCAACCUUCAUGGCUUGAAGCCUUUGCCACUCUUAUUCAAAACAUCCAAGGUUCACUAAUGGUAUCUUCUCCAUCGAUGGCCCAAGCUUCUUCGUAUUCAAGGCGAAAUAAACAAAGUAGAGGAGAUCGAUUCCCCUUAGAUCCUGUUCAAACAGAUGCUUUGAAUCAGAUACGAGAAAGUAAAGCGAUCUUGGCCACCUCCACUUCCCUGCCUCCAGAGAAGGCUGUUCUUGAAGAAUCCAAGGAAUGUGAUGAUAAUACCCCCCUCAGGAUUUUAAAGAGGCGUCAUUCUACUCAAUCUUGUCAGCCCGUCUGGACUUUAAGAAGGAAAAGAAAAUAUAAUGCUCGACCAGUAAUCUCAGGCGUCCGAAACAAUAUUGAGCAUGAUAAUUCAAGUGCUCUGCAGGCGCCUUUAAAUAGUCUGAGAAAAUUUGUCAUCAAGAAGAAGAAAACCUCUCAAAACAUUCAGCCUGAUAUCUAUAAUGUUUCCUUGAAUGUUCUCAAGGAUCUUGAGAAAGAAAUCGUGAAAGAGGAAGCAGACAUUCCUGAUUUGGAGCAGGAUUCGGCCCUUCCUACUCAAGGUAUGCCGGAAAGCUUGACGGAAAUAAUCACUGAAGAAGUAACAUAUGGAACUGUGGUUUCCGAGCCUGAGGACUCUAUUGAGCCACCUCAUGAGAUGAUUCGUGGAAUGGGUUCCAGUAUUCUCAAUGGUGCAUCUUCUGUUCCUUCCAUGCACCCAAAGCAUGAUCAACCAUCAAUACAACUGGAGCCAAAAAGAGGUUCUGCAACAACAGGUGCCAUGACUUCUGACAUCUCUCAAGAUCUUGUUGUUGAUGGCUCUUCCACAUCCUCUGAGAUGCAUGAAUCUUUGGAGGAAUCCCCUUUUUGCUCACGAGGGACCUCAUACACCCCUGAAAAGGCACUCGCUGAGGUUAACUCACUUGUGUGUCUCAUCGAGGAUACCCUUCGUCCUGCUUCUAUUCCAUCAACAUUUGAGGUUGAGAAGGAAAAUGUGGAAAAGAUUCUCAAUAGAUUGCAAAGCAACACAGAAAAUCUCGCAGCAUAUGCUGACCUCGCUGAUCAGAUUCAGAGACUUGCUAUGGUAUCACCGUCUCAGUUUCAGUCUAAUCUAGCCCACUUCCGGACUAUAUUCUUGUCCCUUCAGAAUCAGCUGCAAGAUAUUCAUAAACAUGGGGUCAGAUUGACCUCCAACGCUGACAACCUUCAUGACUUGAAUACUGUUGCGAAAGAUCUUCGGGAUCGUAUUCAGAAUAGUAAAGAGCGAAUAGACCAACUUCGAGCAGAAUGUAGUGAAUAUGAUAAGGAGAUUGAAGAGGUGGAGGCAAAACUCCUGAACUUGAAGCAACUGAGAAGUAGUAAACAAAAAGAGCUAACAAUUGAACAAAAUAAAUUUGAUGACUUCUCCUUGACUUGGUCAGUUACUAUCCCUUCUCUUCAAAAUCAGGCUAAAAUAAUGGUCACUGCUCAGCAAACCAAGGCAGAACGAGAGUCUACCCUCAAAACAGUCAAAGCAAAUGUUCAUAGUUUUCUUGAGCUUUUAAGAACAAUGUAGUUUUCCUCAUUUGCGGAAAAACGUUCAUCCUCUCUGUAAUUUUAGUGUUUACAUAGUCCAUUUAUUUGAUGCGCCAAAUUGUUUGCAA